CGCUUCCGCUCCCGCAGACGAGCCGUGUCGAAGUUCUCUCUAGGAUAAUCCCGCGAAGUCGUUAUCUACCCUUGAUAUCCCGGCAACUCGGACGUCCCCACAGCCGCAUUCCGUCGACCAACGGUCCUCGAAGACUCCGCACCUGGGGCAGGAACACUGCUCGUCUAGGUACGUUAUUACAAGGCCUUGCCCGCACGUUCCGUCUUUUUCAUUCCUUCAACCCAAACACCGCGCUUCAACCAAAACAUCGCGCGCUUUACCAGAGACCACGGUCAUGGACGAGCAAAAGAAAGAAGCCAGCGUCAAUGCAGAGACGUACGACGUUGACUUAGGCGAAGAUGAGUCCGACGUGGUGUCAGUUAAGAAGGGCACAAGUGCAGAUAGACAUGCAAUGUGGAGGAUGGGGAAAGUCCAGGAGCUGAGGCGGAACUUUCGUUUCGUGUCCAUGUAUGGCUUCACGAUGGUCCUUAUGGGAGCCUGGGAAUGGGUCCUUGGAACGUCAGCAAUCGGCCUCAUUGACGGUGGCACAGCUGGUUUGAUAUGGACUUUUCUGUUCGUCUGGAUUGGAUUGACCUUCGUCUACACAUCGAUGGCGGAGAUGGGAUCAAUGGCGCCAACCUCGGGAGGGCAAUAUCAUUGGGUCAGCGAGUUCGCUCCAGCAAAAUAUCAGAAAGUCUUGAGUUAUAUGAUCGGUUGGCUGUGCAUCCUUGGAUGGCAAACUGGUGCCGCAGUGUCCGCGUUCAUUGCAGCUGUACAGAUCCAAGGUCUGAUCGCACUCAACAACCCUAACUAUACAUUCGAAGCCUGGCACGGCACACUACUCACCGUCGCCGUAUCCGCUAUGAAUGUUGUAUUCAAUGUCUUCUUGGCGAAGAAGCUUCCAUUGAUCGAGUCCCUUGUCUUAGUCGUUCACAUUUUCGGCUUCUUCGCUGUCCUAACCGUGCUCUGGGUCUCUGGCCCUGUGGGGAACACUCAUGAAACUUUUACGACUUUCAACGACGGUGGCGGAUGGGGUAACAUGGGCGUCGCCACGCUUGUGGGUAUGAUAGGAUCUACGAUGCCCAUUCUCGGGGGUGAUGCUGCAGUGCACAUGUCGGAAGAGCUUCGAGAUGCUUCCAAGACCCUUCCUCGAGCUAUGAUCUGGACGAUUUUGACCAAUGGGGCAAUGGGUUGGAUAAUGAUCAUCACAUUCUGCAUGGUCAUCGGCAGCGUAGAUGACGCGCUAGCAUCGCCGACCAGGCAGCCCUACCUUUACGUAUUUUAUAACUCGACUAAGUCCACUGGCGGUGCGACCGCUAUGGGCUUUGUCGUCAUUUUCAUGUUUUUGUUUUGUAACGUAACCACCACGGCCACUUCUUCUCGUCAGCUAUUUGCCUUUGCACGAGACAAGGGCAUUCCGUUCCACCAGGUCUUCGCAAAAAUUUCACCGAGGUACGACGUACCACUCAACGCCCUCUGGUUCUCCUUCACGAUCUCAUGUCUCCUGUCUCUCAUUAACCUCGGUUCUCCUGUCGCCCUGAACAGCAUUGGAUCGCUAGGUUCAGCCGCGAAUCUCAUCUCAUACUCGGUCUCGAUCUCUUGCAUUGCGUACAAGCGUAUCCGUGGUGAACCGCUUCUCCCAUCGAAAUUCAAGCUGGGUCGGUGGGGUCUCCCGAUCAAUAUCAUCUCCAUUGCUUUUCUGUUCUUCGUAUUCUUCUGGUCAUUCUUUCCGCCAGUAGUUAUGCCUACUCCCGAUUUGAUGAACUGGAGUUGUUUAAUGUUUGGAUCAACCGUCAUCUUCUCUUCCGGCUUCUAUGUCUUCAAAGGGAGGCAUAUCUAUGACGGCCCAGUGGCUUAUGUGCGGAAAUCUGCUUAAAUUCGGCAUUCACAUCGUGCUUUAGUCUAGGAUUAGAAGGACAGAUUGGGGGACCAAGGGGGGGCGAAGUGGUGGAGAAGGGGGAGCUGCAGAGCGCUAUAAGUUGGG